UCCAGGUGGAGCAGAUGCAUCAACACAGAGAUCAAGGUGAGAAUCAGCCGAGGCAAACAGAGCAGAGGAGCUGCAAGGAGGACACCAGAGCAAACAUGAACAGCCUCUUCUCCAGGGAUGUCCAGGUGAAGAGCAUGGAGCAGACGGUGAAAGACGCUGAGAAGUACCUGGGGGAGAUCUGCUCCCUGCUGGCCUCCUACACCAGGAAGACAGCCAAGCUCAGAGACAAGGCAGACCUGCUGGUGGCUCAGCUCUUUGACUUCUCCAGCAGGGAGGACCCCGAGCUCCAGAUCGGCCUGAAGAACCUGGCUGAAGACCUGGCCAUGGUGCAGGACUACAGGCAGGCUCAGGUAGUAGUGAUGCAGCCAUGUUCUCUUCACCAAACUCAUAUGGUUGAUGUCAUGAUGAGCGCUUUAUUGUUGCAGGUAGAGAGACUGGAGACGAGAGUUGUUGCUCCUCUUAAAGCCUACGGAGAAGUAGUGAAGAAUAAAAGGGCAGAUCUGAAGAAGUUCAGCACUGAUGUGAACAGAGAGCUGAAGGAGGUGCAGAAACUGGAGAAGGUCCGACUGAGGAACCCGGCAGACCGACAGAGCAUCUCUCAGGCUGAAGUAAACGCUUCGAAGGCUUCCAACAACGCCCAGCGCAGCAUCAGACAACUGGAGGAGAGCAUCACAGACUUCCAGAAACAGAAACUGGAGGAUAUCAAAAGGAUUUUCACAGACUUCAUCACAGUGGAGAUGCUCUUCCAUGCUAAAGCCCUGGAGAUCUUUGCGCACACAUGCCACAACCUGGAGGAGAUGGACACUGGAAAGGAUCUGGAGUUGUUCAAUGGACGGAUCAAGAUGUCUAACUCUCUGGCUGGGCGCCUGGACACCACUCUGACCAGCAACUCUUCCCCUCUCAUGAGUCGCUACCCUACUCCUCCUCUGGCCUCCCCCAAAGGCCAAAGCUUCAGGUCAACACUGGUGUCUACUACAGGCCACAGACAACAACGCAGCCAGUACCCGGACACAGUGAGGAGGCAGUCACGCAGCACCUUACAACGCCAGAGAGGCGUGGAGGAGGAGGAGGAGGAGGAGGGAGAAGAAGAGGAUGAAGAAGAAGAUGAUGAUGAUGAAGGAGAGGAGAUUUAUGAAUCAGAGACAGAAGAGGGUCAGCACUCCAGCAGGCAAUCUUAUGCUGCUCAAUAUGCUCAGAUGCACAGAUGGAAAAAGUAAAAGCCUGUGCGUGGAAACAUACACACGUACACAUUUACUCAGAACGUAACAUUUGUCUUUAAAGUAAAACAUCUACAUCUCGUCUUUGUAGGGAUGAAAGCCAGCAAUCUUUUGACUGAAGCUUUUAAUUCACACUCAGUCCAAAGAAACAUCAGGAUUUCUUCUAUUGGCUCCAAUCCCAUGUUUAAUAUCUUAGCAUGAGACUCUGAUGUGAUACUGACAGCAAUGCGUUGUUAUAUUUUAUAAUGUAGACCUUCAAAAUAUAUAUUUACCCAAAUGCUUAUUUUGUAUUUUUUUUGUUG